UUAUGUCUCGUCUACGAUUAAAUUUGAAGUUAAUAACAUUGACGGUUGUAUUGGAUUUGACGUUGGGAAAUAGCGUCGAUGACUGCACUACACGAAGUAACCUUCACCGGCCAACCACAUCGGCGGCGCAACGAAAGGACGUGAAAUUCAAUGUUCACGGGUUGGUACCGUCAGUAUUCACGGCCUUCCAUGACGAUUACUCCAUCAACUAUGACGUCAUUCCAGCUUACGCCAAGCAUUUGGCUCAUUCUAAUUUCUCAGGAAUUUUGGUGGGCGGCACUACAGGCCAGCACAUGGCGCUGUCACUAGAAGACCGGAAGAACCUGAUUGAUGCGUGGGUCAAGGUGGCGAAGGUGGAGGGCUUGCGGACCUUUGUGCAAGUUGGGGGAGCUGCCUAUCCAGACGUCAUGGAAUUGGCGAAAUACAGUGAAGAAUCUGGCGCUGACGCCAUCCUCACGCUGCCUGAUCUCUACUUCCGGCCGAAGACCAUAGACGAGCUAGUUUGUUAUGUUCAGGAUGUCUCCAAUGCAGCUCCUAAAACGCCCAUCCUCUACUAUCACACGCCAAACGCGACCAACGUUAAAUUGGACAUGCCAGCUUUCGUAGCGGCAGCCUCAGCGCGCAUCCCUAACUUCAAAGGCAUCAAGUCCACGUCCCCAGACCUGGAGGAAGAGGUCCAACUGCGCAAGAUCCUACGCGAAGACCAGGAGUUCUUCCGCGGUGGUCACGCUUUGAUAGCCAGCUCACUGUCACUCGGUGGUCGUUCAUUCAUGACUCCAGCCAUCACUCUGUUCCCGCGCAUUUCCCAAGACCUGUACCAUGCUGGACUCAACAAUGAAGUCGAGACAGCUCGUGAAUUGCAGAAGUUACUCAAUAUGGCUGUGGAGGCCCAUCUUACUGAAGGUCCAUUCAACCCCACAGUAAGGGCAGGUUUGGAGAUAAUGACAGGUCUGAAGAUGGGUCCGCCGGCACGCCCCCUAAGGCCCAUAUCAGCCGAUGCGAAGAGAAGAAUCCACGAUAGGCUUAUAUUUUUAAAACUUACCAAAUCAAUUGAUACGAUAUCUUUUGUUGACAAUUUAUUUAAACGACAGUCUCCACUUGGCAUGCUGGUGGCGCGAUCGUGUCAACAAUCAAUUUCGAGGUUGAUCGGCAAAAUGGUAUCGUUCAACUUCCAAGGGCUGAUGCCCGCGAUGUUCACAGCCCUCAACGACGAUUACUCCGUCAACUACGACAUCAUACCUUCUUACGCUAAGUUCAUGGCUGAUUCUGGCAUGAAAUCAAUUUUGGUUGGAGGAACAACGGGAGAACACGUGUGCUUCUCAGUGGAGACGAGGAAGAAGUUGAUUUCCGAGUGGGUGAAGGUAGCCAAGCCGCUGGGCUUGCACGUCCAGGUCCAUGUUGGGGGCACCGCUUUCCCUAAUGUCAUUGAAUUGGCUAAACACGCAGAGAAAGUCGGGGCUGAUUCCAUCAUCACACUACCGGAGUUGUACUUCAAGCCAGCGUCCGUGGACGACCUGGUCUUUUACUUGGAAAAGGUCGCCAAAGCUGCCCCCACACUGCCAGUUCUAUUCUACCACAACCCCAAGAGGAGCAAGGUUGAAAUGGACAUGCCCAAAUUUAUCGAAGCCGCCACCGCACGCAUCCCUAAUUUCAAGGGCAUCAAGUUCGCGGUCAAUGACCUCAGCAUCGCCAAGGAAGCCCUGAAAAAGCACAAGGAAGGACAAGUGAUGUUUUUCGCCGGCGAUACGCUCGUAGCGCCCGCAGUCUUAAUGGGCAUCCGCUGCACAAUGUGCACAUCCUUUAGUCUGUUCCCGCGACUGGCCUUAGACAUCGUCCAGGCCGCAGAGGCAGGAGACGUGAAGAAGGCUAUGGCUUUGCAGGAAAAACUGACUCAGGCUGUUGAGGCCCAUUUGGCUGAAGGUGAUUGGGUGCCCGCGUUGAAGGCAGGCAUGGAGCUAGCUACUGGUCUGAACAUGGGCCCACCAGCCAUCCCCAACAGGCCAGUGUCUCCUGAGGGUAAACAGAGGAUAUACACCAAACUCAAACAAUUAGGACUUGUCAAUUAAGUAGGCUCGUAAAGUAUCUAUCAUGUUACGGGUUCAAACACAUAAAUCUGUGGGUUCAAAUUAUGUUAUAUGGCAAUUACGUGGUGUGGCACAUUCUAGCAUAAAUGUUUUUAUUUACAAUGUUUUUAUAACAAUAAAAUGACAUUGUGUUUACACAA